AAGUGAUGUUAGUACUCAUCAGCGUUGACAGACAGCGAUCACAAACAUUCAUCAGCUGCUCAGCUGAGAGCGACACUGACCCACUUUACCGUCCGGAGGAUCCGAGCGGCGACCAGGCCGAGCAUUUCACCGCCGGGACCAUCUCCUUCCAGCCGGGGAUCCCGCCUCCCUGCCCGCGCUGACAUCUGUGUCGGUGCUCCGGACGAGUUCCUGCGAGAUGUCAGCAUCUGUUAGCCACAAGGUGUCUUAACGCGGGUGAUCCCGGAUUACACAGAGUUUCUUCAGAGCUGCUGAGCCUCCUGCGGUGGCCAUGCUGGAUCUCUUCCUCAGAGUGCUGGUGUCGACUCGUCUUCACCCCUCGCCUCACAUCUCCUCGCUGCCCACCUAACUCCCCUCUUCCUUUCCCCACAAGCACCGUUUCUUCCACCACUUGGAAACAGCAGGUUCUGGGUCCUCGUGGAAAAUGUCCUAUGCAGAUCCCAAACUGCUCACCUGGAGUUUACCUCACCUGCUGCAGAUGCUGCUGACCUACCUCUGGCUCUUGGCCCCGCCCCCAGGUGUGGCAGCAGAUCUGUGCCAUGUCACCGGUGGCAUUUUGGGGAUCCACUGGAGCAGCACCAUCACUCUGGGCUGGUACCCUCGGGCGAUCGGUUUGGGCGGGGCUACGUGCUGGGAGCGGUGCUGCUUGGAUCCGAGCUGCGGUGCGGUGUGGAGCCUCGGCGGCCGCUGCGUGCUCCUCAGCUGCUCCCGGAAGGACGGCUGCCCCAUUAGUUUCCUUCCCCAGCCUCACGAGGAGUCACUGGGCCUCCUGCAGCUGGUUACCAAGGGUGUUGUCACAAAAAAGCGCAGAAGUCCUCGUCAGAUAUCAUCCAGCGGACACCACAAAACACACACGGUCAGCCCCAACCUUGAACCAGCACCUUCCCUUCCUCCAGCUCCCAGCACCAUCGCUCUUCUCCAGACAGCCCAGAAGAACCUGAGCCAGUCGGAUGAUGGGAGUUCAUUAAAGCAGAACUCCACGGUGAACAGCACCAUCGAUCUCGUCGUAUCUUCCAAUAGCAGUGACGCCGACAGGGACACCGCCACACGUCCACCUCAGGCUGUGAAGGAACUGGUGGUGUCGGCAGGAGAGAGCGUUGAGGUCACGCUGCCCCGUAACGAGGUGGAGCUAAAUGCCUUUGUGCUGCCAACACCUCCAUCAGGGACAAACUAUGCAUUUGACUGGAGACUGAUUACUCAUCCCAAAGACUACAGUGGAGAGAUGGAAGGCAAGAAGAGCAAAACACUGAAGCUCAGUCAGCUGACUGUAGGACUGUACGAGUUUGGCGUGACGGUGAUCGGGGAGGGCGCCCAAGGAGAGGGCUUCGUCAACGUCACUGUCAAACCAGAGCCGCGAGUAAACAAGCCCCCAGUUGCCGUGGUUUCCCCCAAGUUCCAAGAAAUCUCCCUGCCGACCAGCUCCACGGUGAUCGACGGCAGCCAGAGCACUGACGAUGACAAGGUGACGGCCUGGCACUGGGAGGAGGUCAAAGGCCCGCUGAGGGAGGAGAAAGUCCUGGCUGACACCAAGGUCCUCACCCUGACCAACCUGGUACCUGGAAACUACACUUUCAGUUUAACAGUGACAGACUCUGAUGGAGCCACUAACUCCACGCAGGCCACCCUCUCCGUCAACAAAGCCAAGGACUACCAGCCUGUGUCCAAUGCCGGCCCCAACCAGGUUAUCCAGCUGCCGCGCAACUCCAUCACUCUGUACGGCAACCAGAGCACCGACGACCACGACUCUCUGUCCUACGAGUGGUCGCUCAGCCCCGAGAGCAAGGGCAAGGUGGUGGAGAUGCAGGGGGUCAGGACUCCUAUUCUGCAGCUGUCGGCCAUGCAGGAGGGGGACUACACCUUCCAGCUGACGGUGACGGACUCGUCGGGACAGCAGGACACUUCGCAUGUGACCGUCAUCGUGCAGCCAGAGAACAACAAAGCCCCGGUGGCCAACGCCGGCCCGGAGAAGGAGCUGACACUGCCUGUGGACAGAACCACGCUAGACGGAAGCAAAAGCAGUGACGACCAGAGGAUCGCCACCUACCGCUGGACGAAGACCAGUGGUCCUGAUGGUGUGAAGAUUGAGAAUGCAGACAGUGCUAUUGCCACGGUAACAGGCCUGGAGGUCGGCACGUACACAUUCACACUGACGGUGACGGAUGAGCGGAACCUGGAGAACAGCAACACAGUGACGGUCAUUGUGAGGGAAGAGAAGGACCAACCACCGGUGGCCCGUGUCAUUUCCAGCCCACCCAUCUCUCUUCCCGUUCGGACCGCCUCUUUGGACGGGUCACAUUCCAUCGAUGACAAAGGUGGGAUCUCGUACCUGUGGACCCGAGACGACAGCAGCCCAGCAGCGGGGGAUGUCUUGAACAACUCUGACCACCAGGCGGUGCUGUUCCUGGGAAACAUGGUAGAGGGCAAGUACAGGUUCAGGUUGACCGUGACUGACAGCAAAGGACAGAGCAACUCUGACAGUGGAACGGUGGAGGUCAAAGCAGACCCGUGGGAGCGGGACCUGGUGGAGCUGGUGCUGGAGGUCCCAGUGAGCCAGGUCUCCCAGCGGCAGCGCGACCUGCUGCUCCGGCAGGUGGAGGUUCUCCUGGGUGUGCUCGACGGCGACAUCAUCGUCCGAGAGAUCAACGCCUUCAACGAGCACAGCACCCGGCUGGUCUUCCUGGUUUCGGCAGGGCCAGGGCGCCCCCCUCUGUCCGGACGCAGCGUUGCACUCGGACUGCGGAACAAACUGCGCAAGCAGAAGAACGACUUCCUGAUCUACAAAGCGCGACGCGUCGACACCGUCAUCUGCCAGCUGAACUGCUCCGGACACGGCGACUGCGACCCGUUCAGCCGGCGCUGCAUCUGCCACCCCUUCUGGAUGGAGAACUUCAUCCGAGCCCAGCUGGGAGACGCAGAGAGCAACUGUGAAUGGAGCGUGCUCUACGUGACUAUUGCAUCCUUCAUGAUUGUGGUUGCCACGGCGACGCUGGUCUGGGCCGUGUUUUGCUGCUGCAGCAGGCGGAAGAGCAGAGUCCGGCGAAGCAAAAGCCGAUACAAGAUCCUGGAAGCCGAGGAGCGGGACAGCCUGGAGCUGCAGCCGCCCCGAACCGCCCGGCUGAAACCCGUCACCACUCCCACCUCCUCGGCCCUCAUGCGCUCCGACUCAGACCUGGACAGCGAGGACGUGCAAGGCGGCGACCUGUGGACUGAGCAGGAGCGAGGGCAGCUGCUGCGGCCUCAGAACGGCUCCCUGAGGAACGGCCAGGGCCCCCCCAGGCCCAAGAAGCAGAGGGAGGAGCUGCUAUAGCAGGAGGAGCUGCCCCACCUCCACCCACACAUCACCCUAAGACCCCGCCUCUUCUGGCGGCCAUUUUAAACGACAGCCACCGAGCAUGCUCACGACCUGAAGCAGCCAAUCACUGCCACGGGCCGCUCUGACGGGUCAGUCCGACCCAGGGGAGCAGACUGACACAAGUCUGUGUGUGCGUUUGUGUGCGUGUUUGUUGAGAGCUGCUGUGCUUUUAUUCUGAAGGAAAAGGAGGAAGAACUGCUUCGUCUGCAGCCUCUGCGGUUCUGCUGGACUCUGACGGAGCGUUUGGUCUGUCGCUGAUGUCGGUUUUAAUUUAUUCUGCGUCGCUUAAGUUCAGCAGAAACAAACUUUUAAUCUGAGUUUGUUUUUUUAAGUUUCAGUUGCACCUUUGUGCUCAUUUGUCAUUUAAAGGAAAAUGUAACUUAUUUUGAAAUUCAGCAUUCAAACAAAGAAGGACCAGAGUUUCUGUCAGUUAAAGAUCUCUGACUGUAGUUUUUUUUUUUUUUAAUGUUUUCCUUUAAGCCGCAGAAGCUCAGAACCCUUCUUCACUUCAGGGUUCCAGCACAUUCCUGUGUGGAGACCUGACGGCAGCAGCGCCCAGCUUCCUGUCGGAGUGGAAACUGCUUCCUGUGCGCGUUUAACAGCAGAAGCGCUUAUCUGUAGCGCACUUGCACGCGGAAUGUGAAACCGACCCGCCGAUGAAUGUUGUUUGUUCUUUCUGCUCACGUCUGAUUUUAUUUAUUUCCACCUCUGCGUGAUUCUGAGUUGCAAAAAAAAAGCGUAAUUUCAUGUUUGUCUGUUUCACUGAAGUUCUGUAAUGUCGGUUCUGUUGCUGUUUGGGACGUGAACUGACCUCACUGUGAAGACGUGGACGAACUGCUGAGUUCUGGAUAUGUUUUUAUUGAAGGACUGUUACCUGAUCAGACCUGGAGCCACUUGAUCAUCUGUACAUUCAAAUAAAAGUGUUUUGAUUUUUGA